AUGGCUUCUUCAAGCAAUGUGGUGGAGGAUUUGGAGGCAAGCUGGGGCGGUUUGCAGAUAGCAGAAGAGGAGGAACAGGGGCUGUUCUUUCAGGAGACUCCAGAUGUUGAGGACGAAGACGGUAUUGAUGCGAGAUGGUGCUUAGUGGGGAAACUACUGGGGGAUAGAGUGGCCGAUUUCGAUACACUCCGGAAUGUUCUGGCUUCAUUGUGGAGGCCUGUGAAAGGAAUGUAUGUGAAACAGUUAGAGACCAACAAAUUCUUAUUCCAAUUUUUUCAUGAAAUUGAUAUUAACAGGGUAAUGGAGGGGACUCCUUGGACCUUCAAUCGGACCCCUGUUAUUCUGGAAAGGCUUAAACUUGGAGAAAAUCCUAGAGUGGUUCCAUUAAACACAAUGGAAAUCUGGGUUCAAGUAUAUAAUCUGAAGGUGGGUUUCAUGUCUGAUCGGGUUCUAAAGGCUUGUGGAGAUUUUAUUGGUAUGUUCAUUUUAUCUUGUCCGAAAAAUUAUACUGGUAUUUGGAGAGAGUUUCUGAGGGUUCGGGUCAGGAUAAAUAUUGACCAACCACUGAAGAGAAGAAUGAAGAUACAGUACUCUAAGGGGGACUUUUUCUGGGCUGAGUUUAAAUAUGAGAGACUACCAACCUUCUGUUUCAUUUGUGGUGUCCUGGGGCACUCUGAGAAGUUCUGUAUCAAACUUUUUGCUGAAGAGCCAGAGAACAUAGUCCGACCAUAUGGCUUGUUCAUGCACGCUCCUGACCGACGACAAGGCAAGCAGAUUGGGGCUCGGUGGCUUCGUGACAACAUGGCUCGACCUCUCACCGGGAAUCAUGAGGGAAGCUCUCCGGCGGUGACCACUAAUGCAGGCGGCGAUAAUGAACGUUUAAUCAGGGAUACCCAGAUGCGAGAGGCGGGAAUGAGGGGUUCUAAUUAUGCAAACGAAGGAGUAACUCCAGGAGGGAUUCGCGGGGUGGAUCGCGAUUUGAUUUACAGAGAUAGAGGGGACGUUACUAGUAAGACUCGGGGGAUUGGGAAAGAUUUGGGAGGUAGAGUUGAAGGAGAAAUAAAUGGGGUAACUGUUGACCAGAUCACAGAUAUUAAUGAAGGAGGAAUUGGCUGCCAAAAUGAGGGUUUCAUGUUUUUGGACCCUAAACGGCGUAGGGUGAAUUUGGGCCUAGAACAAGGACUGUGUGUGGGCCAAUCUGAAGCUAUGGAGCUGGGCCGUGAUGAAGAUGUUGGAGAACGGGUUCGGGUUGGGCUGGAAAAUCGGGCUGAGCUCCAAACUCAAAAUAAGGAGGCAGUUUUAGACCCAAUUAGUGAGAAUGGAGGUAAAAGUUCAGAAGUUGGUAUUUUUCAAAAAAACGUGGAAGAGGCGGGUUCCAGUGUUUGGGCCCGCCUAGAGUUAUGA